CUAUUGCCCUCCGUACAUACUUGUAUCGUACUUGUACCUACUACAAAUCGACCGCUUUCUUCGGCGCCCCACAGCAGCCACUCGACCUUGCCAUUAUUGCCAUUUGCCUUCUUCAAAAUAUUCCCUGGCCUCGACGAUCUUCGAUCAAUAAAACACCGACUCUCCCGUCAUCUUGACCUUGUAUCCUUGCCCAGAAUUCGACCCCCAAGAAUCCAGACGCUCCUAUUCCUCCCUGGUCCUUCUAUCAAACACCGCCACUGGUUCCGAGCCGCAGGCCGAUCAUACUUCAUACCCGCAAAUCCGCCUAUUUCACGAACCAACAGAAGCUCCGAUUGCGCGUCUCAAGUUGCUCUGGUCGCCUUGGUCGCCUCUCUGUGUAAGAAUUGUCUCUGAGCGUUGAUUGACCAUCUGGGACUGCCUGAACAUUCUGUCCGCAUUGCCCCGGUGGACACACGGUCUUCUCCAACGCUGAACUCUUUCCCUGCCGAUCGCUUCCCGAAGCACGGAUCCUCGCAAUUAGCCGCACUUGACAACGAAGGACACAAUCGAACAUCCGGCUACUGAAACCCUUGUGCCCAUAAUCUUUCGGGCACUUGAAGAGAGGGAGUUUGGAACACAGGGAGACACGAUUUUUGUGAUUCUAGUUCUCCUGCUCAAGUAAAGUCAAGGAUCCAGAAUCUAGUACAGUUCCUCUCCAGAACCCGCGUUCUUUGGAGGUCUAGGCCUCAGCACCCACUCUUUCGCCGAUAGAUCUCACCUUCGACCUUGAUCGACUUAUCCGCAACUGCGCCUGAUCAGCAAGUCGUAUGCACACGGAACUCCUGAAAGUUAUUGAACAGGCCUGUAAAACAUCUCUCAGUACACAGAAUCGCAGAUACCGUGGACGCUUUUGAAGUCAACCCCGGAAACCCUAAAAACAUGGCGGGGAAAAUGACUCUGUAUAAGCUGGUGGUGCUUGGAGACGGCGGCGUGGGAAAGACUGCUCUCACCAUCCAGUUAUGCCUCAACCACUUCGUCGAGACCUACGAUCCUACUAUCGAAGAUUCAUACAGAAAGCAGGUCGUGAUAGACCAGCAAGCGUGCAUGCUUGAAGUUCUGGACACGGCAGGGCAGGAAGAGUAUACUGCCCUCCGCGAUCAGUGGAUUAGAGACGGCGAAGGAUUUAUAUUGGUGUACAGCAUCACUUCAAGAAAUUCGUUCAACAGAAUACAAAAAUUCCACUCGCAAGUACAAAGGGUCAAAGAGUCGGGCCAUCCAAACUCGCCUACGGGAGCGAGUUAUCUACCGACUCAAAUGAAUGCACCCACCUACACUGGUCCCGUUCCCAUCAUGCUGAUUGGCAACAAAAGUGAUAAACACCACGAACGGGAAGUUUCUUCGCAAGAAGGCCAAGCUCUCGCAAAAGAAUUGGGUUGUGACUUUGUGGAAGCCUCUGCUAAAAAUUGCAUCAAUGUUGAAAAGGCUUUUUACGAUGUUGUACGACAGUUGAGACGUCAACGACAGUCACCGAUGAAGCAGAUUGACCGCAAAGGUACCAACUAUGGACCUUCUCCUGCGAUCCGCAACAACCUUGACGCCGAGCACCCACGAAUUUAUCGUGAACAUGGGAGAAAGCGAGGAGCAAACAAGUGUGUGAUAUUAUGAUUACGACUCGACCAGUUUGAACCUAUAAAGCACUGGUUUCACGAUGACUUAUGACCAGGUGAUGUUUAGCGAUAGCGACAUGUUUUACUUUCUAACUCGGUGUUCUGCACCGACUAUUUGAGCGAUCAACGUUUGCCACGAGAGAAUCACGAGCAACACUUAUCGACCAUGCACAAACAGAUGCGACAUCCAACACAGCUCGCAUUCUCUCCAUUUGGAGCCAAGAAAUGUCUGCCCCGAGUUUGGAGCGUCGGCUUUUCGUUUGACGCACGUGAACGAGCAUUCUCUAUGGUGUCAGGAACAUGCUUCGCUCUAGGGCAGAUUGACGAAGCCGCCGUUCUAACCUUUGUUGUGCCAGCGUACGAAACCGACGUAGUCAGCGAGUGCGAGGCAUAACAUGAAAUUUCAAUAAGUUAUGCAAGCGACCGUGUUGUCUCGGCAAUGAUGAGCAUAGCAUCAAUGCAGCAGACGAGCUCAGUAUGAGGGCAUUGUUAAGAAGCACCCCAUGUGGUGUAGGCGAGGUUUUUGGGAGGACGGGAUGGCUAUGGCUAGUGCUUCAGUCACGCCCCCGAGCAGAAGCUCUACUCGUCCAUGGCAAGGCACGCAUCGAGCAAUUCGCGUAUUGAGAUUCAAUAUGGAACUCGGGAGGAGGGUAUGGUGGAAUCCCGGUUGAACCUGGGGAAUAUGGAGCUCAAGUUAUCUCGUUUUCUGGGAGUGAGCACUGCGAAAAGUACCUAGUCUUCUGGUCGGAGGCUGGGGAUGUCGAGGGUCAAUUAGCUAGCUAUCAAAGCCCAAGCAGGGGCGGGACAUUGAAGAAAGAUAGCUUCGGUCGUCGGUCCGACUGGAGAAGAAAAGCUGCAUACCUAGCCUCUUUUGAGAAAUCAACUAGCGGUGUCCCGGAUACCAUAGGUACACUUACGGAGCGAUGCACAGUUUCGCGCGUAAGGUAUUUUCCUGAGGUAGGUAGUUUCUAGUGUUGGUCAAUUGCACCGAACCACAACCACAAUUCCAC